AUGGCGAGCAGGAAGAUCAAAGAUGUCCGUAAACGUCGCGCUCCUACGCCAAGUGGAGGCGCAUCUGAUGCACCUUCCUUCAAUCCUUUUGCCUCCGCUGCCCCGGCCGCCCCGGCUCCUCCAUCCUCUGGAUUCACAUUUGGUCAAAGCCAGAGCUUCCCUGGCGCAAGCUCAACGCCAGCGCCUAACCAGGGUGGCAUGUUCUCUUCGGGGGCGAACGGCCAAUCCGGCUUCAGCUUCGGUUCCAACCCUACUUCUUUCGGAUCUCCACCACCGAGCAAUCCGUUUUCUGUGAACACAUCAUUUGGGGGAAAUUCUCAGCCGAGCACCAAUGGAUUCAGUUUCGGGGGUUUCAAUGCUGGAGGCCAGGGCUCUCAAUCUUUCCCUGGGUUCGGAGCUCAGCAAAACACGAGCACGCCAACGAAACCUGGGAUGUUCGGGCAACAAACUGCACAAGGGACCGCUUCCCCUGCCGACGAUAGCAUGCAAACUUCGCCAGAUGCCAAGCCGAAGUCGAUGUUCGCAUCGCAGCCAGCUGUCGGAGGACCUCCCCCUACCAAUCCAUUCGCAAACCUCUCGGGCCAGGGUGUAUCCAAUCCGUUCGCACCACCCAAGGCAACAACCACAGAUCAGACGGCUUCCAAGCCUGCAGAAGCUCCGGCAUUCAAGCCUCUCUUCGGAGCAACUCCUGCGGCAUUGAAGCCAUCCGAGGGAGAUAAAGACAAGCCGGCAGUGAAUAUCUUUGCACCAAAGACAACCACGACUGAUGAGACGGCUUCCAAACCUGCGGAAGCUCCGGCAUUCAAGCCUCUCUUUGGAGCAACUCCUGCGGCAUCGAAGCCAUCCGAGGGAGAUAAAGACAAGCCGGCUGUGAAUAUCUUUGCACCAAAGACAACCACGACCGUUGAGACGGCUUCCAAGCCUGCCGAAACUUCCCCCUUCAAGCCUCUGUUUGGUGCUGCAGCGUCGAACCCCUCAGAGGGAGAGAAAGAGAAACCGGCCGUGAGCAAUCCGUUCGCGAAUCUCUCAACGCAAGCUUCAAAUAACACCAACCUGUUUGGCGCAAAGACGCCAACAGAGGAAACACCGGCAAAGCCUGCCGAGGCUACAAAGCCUUUCGGGUCCUUGUUCGGGUCAACCACAGCCCCCAAGCCCUCAGAGCCUGCUGGCAACUUAUUCGCACCCAAGCCAGCUGGAGACGGGUCUGCACCUAGCAAUCCAUUUGCGAACCUAUCAGGUCAGAGUUCGUUGAGUAAUUUGUCCUCGCCAAAGGUCACUGGGUCUGAGGAGAGUGCUGGGAAGCCUGCGGCGGCGACUCCCUUCAAGUCCUUGUUUGGUGCCCCUGCGGCGUCGAAGCCUGCGGAGGCUGAGAAAGAGCAGACGAGCCAACCGGCAUUCGGCAACAUGUUUGCACCAAAGCCGGCCGCUGACAAUGCGGCUGCAAAGCCUGUCGAGGAGACUCCAUUCAAGCCGAUGUUUGGUGUAUCUGCGACGCCGAAGCCUUCAGAGGCCGAGAAAGAGAAGCCAGCAGCCAGUAGUAUCUUUGCCCCGAAGUCCACAGAUGGAGAGCAGACUCCUGCGAAGCCUGCAGCGGUCCAGCCGUUCGGGUCUUCGUUCGGGGCGUCUUCCGCAUUGUCGAAGCCUGGGGAUGAGCAGACCACCCCCGCAAAGCCUAGCAAUCCAUUUGCGAACUUGUCAGGACAGACACCCGCUGGCAAUCCUUUUGCGCCUAAGCCAGUGACGACGGAGCAAAACGAGCAGACAGCUGAAAAGCCCGAGGCAACUCCAUUCAAAUCCCUGUUCGGGUCAAAUGCAGUUUCAAAGCCGGCUGAAAAGGAACAAUCAGGCGCAGAGGACAAUGUCACUGUGAAUGGAGAAAAGAAGGCCUUGAAUGACUUGGCCAGCCCUGUCAAACAGAGCGCGAACAACAUGACCUCAAGUUCAUUCGCUCCUUCCUCUGUUACUGCUUCUGGCGUUCCUACCUCUCACUCCAAAGCCAACGCGUCCACAUCUCGUUUACCUGGCACGUCGUCUUCAACUUCUUCAUCUUCCCCCUCCUACAUUCUUCCGCCGGAUAUUCUUUCUGCUACGCUUGAUUUUUCAAACCCAGACAGUCUUUUACCCAGACCUAACAUACCUGUUACCUUUGAUCUCCCUGAUCCCGACGAAAACAUGCCUUCCGGUAUCAAAGACUCAGAGUGGGACCGUAAGAGUGUCAACAAGCUGGUUUACUGCCGCUACUUGACUGAGUCUUUCAAAGCCGAGAUCGCGAAAAUUGAUCCUCAGACUGAUUGCCCUGACGAUAUCAUUAUGCUUUACGCUGAAAUGCGCCGCCAGAUGGGUGUUCCAAUCGGCUCGAGUGAAAUGAUCGAGCAUGAGAUUAUGUUUGGCACCUUGCGUCCUAACCCCGACUAUGUUAAAGAUGCUGCCCCUGCUACUGCCACCACAGUCCCACAGGCUUCCGCUCCUGUCGCUGCUACCGCUGCUCGUCCUACGGCCUCUGUUGCUCCUGCUGCUUCGCCUCAGCCAGUGAAGGGUGAUACUUCUAACACUGUCAAUGCGUUCGCCCGAUCUUUCUCGUCUCCUGCUCCCGCCCCUGUCUCUGCUCCCACUGUCUCUUCUGUCACCUCUUCCGCCUCCGCUGCGACCUUCCCUGCUCCUACUACCACUUCCUCCUCUGCCACCCCAGCCAUCUUUGCCUCCGCUGCCGGGCUUUCCCCGACCCCGGCCACUCCAUCUCUGUUCGCCGCGCCAUCUUCCACCCGCUCUUCCCUUGCUCCAUCUUCGUCUGAUUCUCAGAAAUCGACCUCCAUGCCUUCUGCUCCCAAGAUCGAUGGUAGCGGUUUCAGGCCCUCAGCUCAAGCAAUUGCGGAUGCGCAGAAGACCAAAGGAAAGGCCGAAGAGUCCGACUCGUCCGACUCAGAAGAUGAGGAGAAGGCUGCUUUCCGCGCUAAACUCGCGGCUGCUCCCAAGAUGCGCACUGUCUAUGUUCCCGGCCAGGGCUUCAAGAACGUCCCAGAUGACAGUGCUUCUGCUCCUGCGCCCGCUGCGCCCGCUCCUGCUGCCAAUCCCGCCCCUGCUUCUUCGCUUUUCGGAGCGGCUGCCAAACCUGCCGCUUCUAGUUCCCUCUUUGGGGUCCCAUCUACUGGUGCCAAUUCGUCCGAGUCUUCUUUGGCAUCUACUCCUGCUGCUGCCAGUCCAGCUCCUACUUCUUCACUGUUCGGAACAGCUGCCAAUCCUCCCGCUUCUAGUUCGCUCUUUGGGGUUCCUGCUAGCGGUUCCAGUUCCGCUGGCUCUUCAGUCUUCGGUACUGCUCCUCCUAUGACCAGCUCAACCUCUUCCAUCUUUGGCGGUUCUACCCAGCCCGUUCCCGCUACUCAAAACAUCUUUGGCGGGCUGAAGCCUACAUCACCCAAGCGCAAGGCUUCGGCCGACGAUAGCGACAGCGAGGAUGAUUCCUCAGCCAAGAAGUCCAAGCCUUCACCUCCUUCUGCUCCCACCGGUGGUAGUCUCUUUGGCCGUGUUUCCACACCGACUCCGUCGGCUACUGGACAAAACUUCACAUGGCAGCCCAACACGCCAAUUCAGUUUGGCAACUCGCAGCCUGCAAAUGGUCAAAACAGCGAGACUACUGCCGCUGCUCCUGCUACCAGUUCCGCUCCCGCUGCCAACCCCGCCCCUACUUCUUCACUGUUCGGGGCACCUACAACGGCCACUCCUUCCGCUGCUUCUCAACCCGCCACUGCCACUGUUGAUGGCAGUGCCGAUGACGAAGAGGGUGAGCCUGGCGAAAUUUUCGACCUAGCCCAGAGCAACGGCGGCGAAGAAGAGGAGACGGUCGUAUUUGAGGAGAAAUGCCGGGCUUUUAAGCUCACUACCGGCUGGACCUCCCAGGCCAAUGGGCCUGUCCGCCUGCUCAAGCACCCCGUCACAGGGCGUGCGCGCAUUGUCGUCCGUGCCGAGCCUAGUGGAAAUGUUGUGCUGAACACCCUCCUGAAGAAAGAGUUGGUGUACUCAAUGACCACAAACAGCGUUCAGCUGAUGGUGCCGGUGGAGGGCGGCACGGCCUCACAGUGGGCCAUCCGAGUAAAACGGGAGAAGCUCAAUGAGUUCUUCAAUCUGGUGCAAGAGAUCAAGAACUAG